UCCAACUAUUGAUUUAUUAUAUUAGCCUUUAAAAUCUCAAAUAAUUAAAUAUACUAAUUAAUAAAUUUCAAAUCUUUUACUUAAGAUAUGAUAACUUGUAGCUAAAACAAUAUUCUAAUAUCUAAAUGUCAGUCAAAAUAAAGAUAUUUUAUAUAUUAUACCUACCUUCUUUUUGUUUAUAUCAAUUAUUACUUUUUCUGUUAUUAAAUAAUAAAUUGUCUAAAAAUUAAGAUAAAAGCUAAUCCAUUUAGUAUAAUUAAAAAUAUUAUUUAUAUUUUUAUUCAAAAUAUAAGAAUAAUUAAAGUGCCUAAACAAAGAAAGAAAAGAAAAGAAUAUAAGAAAGAAUUUCAGAUCAUAUCAGAUUAAAAAUGAAUUAAUUAUUAUCUGCUGAAAACCUUAAUUUGAGCGAAUAAGAAUUACUCUUAUUAUCAAAGUCAUAUAGAAGCUGCCCUUAACAUCCUAAGAAUUGGAUUGUUUCUCUAAGUACAAACCCUAACUCUACUCAAUUUCUCUAAUGCGCCAGAUGCCUAUCUUAAAAUCCUAAUUAGAAUACUCUAGAUCUUAUAAGUCUUAUUGAAGAAAAUGAAAAAACUCUUUUUCAUAAUUGGCCUGUAUAGGGAGACAACUAGCUUUAGUAGAAACUCUAAGUGAUAUUUUAAGGUGACUUCUCCGUAGAAGGCUUAUAAUAGAGGAUUAUUUCAUAUUUUUAGAAUUUAAGAAAAUCAAUUGAACAAAGAAUCAAUGAAAAAGAAUAAUAAAUGCUUCAGUAAGCUAAGUCUCUAUGGAAUAUAGGUGAAUAGGUUAUCAUUUAAUACAACUAAUUUGCUGAAAAAGAUAACUUGAAGAAAAUUAUUACAUAGCUAAAUGGUGAUUUCAACAAAUAAAAUUUACUUCUGAAAGAAACAAUUUGCAGAAUUUUUAAUAAUCAAAAUAAUUAUAAGCAAAUUUUGUAAGAAACAGUUAAUCGCUUUGAAAAUUUUUAAUCUUUAAUUAACUUUGAUACAGCUUAGGAAGUCAAUUAGAAUAUUUUAAAACUUUUAGAUUCAAUUGAUAUGUUUGUAAUCAAAAAUUUCUAAGACAUCAAAGUAAACACACAUUUCUAAAAUUAAGAUUUUAAAUUUGAUAAUUUGAAUAAUGUGAGAGUUAAAGACAUGACAACGAGUCAGUUAAUAGUAAAAUUAAUAAGUAAUUAGUUAAAUUACUGCUCUAAAGAAUUGUUUGGUAAACUCUAGGAAAUAAUAAAAAAUCUAUCACUUAUAAUUGACUAAUAUAAUGUAAAAGAUUUUCUGAAUGAAGACUUACUUAAAAUAGAUUUUUAAAAGUUAGAAAGCUAUUAGGUAGAUUUGAUUAAGAAUAUAUCAGAAUAUAUUAAUACAAAUCAUAUUCGAAAUGAUCAAAAUAAUUAAAAAAAAUAAAUUCUUAUGAAUUUAAUAUCAAAUAAAUUUAAUCAUUGUUCUUAGAACUUUUUAAACAAUUUAUAAAAUAAUUUUGAUUAGAUUUUACCAUUUAUUAAUAAUAUUGAUUUCUCAAAUUAUUUAUUGCCUGAUAAAUUAUCUAUAACUGGUGAGCAGCUAACUGAACAAUAGAUCAUAGAAAUAUCAAAUUUAACAAAAAGUAUAGAAACAAAUAAUACGAUGAAUAAUUAAAAUGAAAUAGAAGAGUAAGAAUAAAAGCUUAACUAAGAUAUUAAAAAUCUAAUUUCAUUAAUUGAAAAUAAAACAAACUUUUGUAGUGCUUAGUUUAUUUAAAAUGUAAAAGAAGUUACAAAUAAUUAUAAAUAAAUAAUAAAAAAUUUAUUCUUGAAUGAAAACAUUUUCUAAAAUGGUCAUAAUACAAAUAUAAAUUUUUCUAAGUUUAAUGAGAAUCAACUAAAUAACUUACAAAAAUUAGCAGAUAAAAUUUCAGAGCUUACUUUAAAGUUUGGAGACAAUUAUUAUAACAGUUAAUCUCCUAUAAAAGAAUAAUAAAAUUAUUCUUAAAUAGUAUCAUGUUUACUUGGUAAUAACAAAAUUAUUGAUAAAUUAUUAGUUGACUUUCCAAUUCUAGAAACUCAAUAAUUAACUUCUUUAAAAUUAAAUAUUGAUUUUUUUAAAACAAAUUAUAUUAAUAGCUAAAAAUUAAUUUUAGAAAAAAAUAAAUAAAAUAAUCAUUACAUAGUCAAAUAACCUUCAAACCUAGAAGGUUAAAUUAUGACAUGUAAUAAGUUGGAACCUAAUUUAAACUAUAUAUUUAGAUGCAAAGUUAACAAAUAUUUAAAUUGUAAUGGUGGUAUUUGUUUUGGAAUUAUGAAAACAGAAUGUAUACAUAGUCAAUGGUAGGGCAGUGAAUAAUGUUGUUUUUAUUCUAAUGGUAAUAUUUAUGGAUUAAAUAAAAUUAUAAAAGGAAAGAAUUUAUAUGAAGUUAGAGACUAGAUUAAUUUUGUCGAGAUAAGAGUAAAUGUAUAGACAAGAAAAGUGUUAUUUAUGGAUUAUCCUGAUUACAAAAAUAUUAAUUAAAUGAAAGAAGAAAAUAUGUUAGUAAAUACAAAUUAUAGUUUUGGAGUAUGCUUUAAUUACCCAGGUGAUGACUAUUAAGUAGAAAUAGAAAGUUAUGUUGUAUAUGAAUUAAUUUUAGAUUAGUAUUAAUGAACAUUAAAUAAAUAAAAGUAGAAA